UCCCGGAAAGUGUUGAACCGGCAGAAGCAUCCGGCCCGUUUCGCUUCACGCGGAGUGUUGUGACUUAGUUAGUGUGUCGUUUUCUUUUGACGUCGUAAAUGUUUUAACUUGGAUUCUUUCACUUUUUUCUAAAAAAAAAAAAAAAAAAAAAAAAUCCUUUUCCCCAACUUUAAGCCGAGGGUCAAAGAUUGAACGUAUUCAGAUUUUAUGGCAAUGUUCCAAGAAUUCAUUCAGCAAAAUGAGGACCGUGAUGGGGUGCGCUUCAGCUGGAACUUAUGGCCCUCCAGUAGACUGGAGGCCACCCGGCUGGUGGUCCCGGUAUCAUGUCUAUUCACCCCACUAAAGGAGUGCCCGGACCUCCCUCCGGUGCAGUAUGAGCCCGUUCUUUGUGGUCGUCCGAACUGCCGGGCUGUGCUCAACCCACUGUGUCAAGUUGACUUCAGGGCCAAAAUCUGGGCAUGCAACUUCUGCUUCCAGAGAAAUCCGUUUCCCCCUACAUAUGCUGGAAUAUCAGAAGUGAACCAACCUGCAGAACUUAUGCCUCAGUUCUCCACAAUUGAGUACAUUAUACAGCGUGGCCCACCAACGCCUCUAAUCUUCCUGUAUGUAGUGGAUAUCUGUCUUGAAGAAGAAGACCUCCAGGCAUUGAAGGAGUCUUUACAGAUGUCCCUAAGCCUGUUGCCCCCCAAUGCUUUGGUGGGCCUCAUCACCUUUGGCCGAAUGGUACAGGUCCAUGAACUUAGCUGUGAGGGCAUCUCCAAGAGCUAUGUCUUCAGGGGCACCAAAGACCUCUCCGCUAAACAGAUCCAGGAAAUGCUAGGUUUGAUGAAGCCAGCACCUGCAGGACAGCCUGGUCGUCCACCUGCAGCUCAGGAAAUGCAGCCCACCUGCAGGUUCCUGCAGCCUGUGCACAAGGUUGACAUGAACUUGACAGACCUUCUGGGAGAGCUGCAGCGGGACCCAUGGCCUGUAUCUCAAGGCAAGAGACCUCUGCGUUCCACUGGCAUUGCCCUGUCCAUUGCUGUGGGCCUGCUGGAGGGCACCUUUCCCAACACAGGAGCUCGUGUAAUGCUCUUCACAGGAGGCCCCCCAACACAGGGGCCUGGCAUGGUGGUAGGCGAUGAGCUGAAAACACCCAUUCGUUCCUGGCACGACAUCCAGAAGGACAAUGCCCGCCACCUGAAGAAGGCUACUAAGUACUACGAAGCCUUGGCAAACCGCGCUGCUGCGAAUGGGCACUGUAUCGAUAUCUACGCCUGUGCUUUGGAUCAGACUGGCCUGUUGGAGAUGAAGUGCUGCUCCAACCUCACCGGUGGACACAUUGUCAUGGGAGAUUCUUUCAACACCUCCUUGUUCAAGCAGACCUUCCAAAGAGUCUUCAGCAAAGACUACAACAAUGAGUUCCGCAUGGCCUUUGGGGCCACUUUGGAAGUGAAGACUUCAAGGGAAUUGAAAGUAUCUGGUGCUAUUGGUCCUUGUGUCUCGCUGAACUCCAAGGGGCCUUGCGUUUCAGAGAAUGAAAUGGGGGUGGGUGGUACAAGUCAAUGGAAAGUGUGCAGCCUGAAUCCCUCAACUACACUGGCUAUGUACUUUGAAGUUGUUAAUCAGCACAAUGCUCCAGUUCCACAGGGUGGCAGAGGAGCCAUCCAGUUUGUCACACAAUACCAGCACUCUAGCACGCAGAGGAGAAUUCGUGUCACCACCAUUGCCAGGAACUGGGCAGAUGUACAGUCUCAGAUGCAGCACAUUGAAUCAUCAUUUGACCAGGAAGCAUCUGCAGUGCUCAUGGCCCGAUUGGCUGUGUUCCGCGCUGAAUCUGAGGAGGGUCCAGAUGUCCUCCGCUGGCUCGACCGGCAGCUCAUUCGCCUGUGUCAGAAAUUUGGACAAUUCAACAAGGAUGACCCAGCAUCCUUCCGCUUGUCUGAGUCUCUGUCGUUGUACCCACAGUUCAUGUUUCACCUGCGGAGGUCACCAUUCCUUCAGGUGUUCAAUAACAGCCCUGAUGAGUCCUCCUACUACAGGCACCACUUCAUGAGGCAGGAUCUAACACAGUCUCUCAUCAUGAUCCAGCCCAUCCUCUACUCUUACUCCUUCUACGGCCCCCCUGAGCCAGUGUUGCUGGACAGCAGCAGUAUUCUCCCAGACCGUAUACUGCUCAUGGACACCUUUUUCCAGCUGGUCAUCUAUCAUGGCGAGACUAUUGCCCAGUGGCGCAAAGCUGGGUACCAAGAGAUGCCGGAGUAUGAGAAUUUCAAACAGCUGCUACAGGCGCCUUUGGAUGACGCUCAAGAGAUCCUGCAGACACGCUUCCCCAUGCCCCGUUACGUAGACACUGAGCAUGGGGGCUCACAAGCCCGUUUUUUGCUCUCCAAAGUCAACCCCUCCCAGACCCACAACAACCUCUACGCCUGGGGGCAGGAAUCUGGAGCCCCGAUCCUCACAGAUGAUGUGAGCCUGCAAGUAUUCAUGGAUCAUCUCAAGAAGCUGGCUGUGUCAAGUGCAGCAUAGGAUUAAAUUAAAGGAUGUGAGAAGAGGAGGUUGUCUCAUCUGUUAAACAUUUCAAUUCCUUAAGACUUAUUUCUUCAGUGUUUCUAAAUGGGGAACAAUCUGUGACUCUUGUUCUGAAGCCAGACUUGACCUCAUUCUAACCUUUUGAAGCUUAGCUUUUAUCAGAAAAGUCUUCACAUUCCUUUUGUUAGUUUUAAGGUGUAAUAAUUCUUUUAAUGAAUAAACAAAAAGGAAAUAUAUGGCAGUUGAAAGGCCUUGCUGCUUAUACUUGUUCUGUUGGAAUUUUUUUUUUUUUUAAGGAUAAACUGAUAAAUUAUGUGAUCAUUCUCUAACAAAUGCAACUGAAGUUAUUUGGGAUGCAUGAAAUGAAGAAAAGAUUCCAGAUACAAAGUCAACCAUUAUCCUUUAAAUAGCAAACUUGUAUUCCUUCUUAAUGUAUGUUAAACAUUAAUUUUGUUACAUGUGUUAAUACUGUAAAAGUUAGAAUUACUGAUUACCCUAACAAAGAUUUAAUAUUUAAGUAAUGAUAUCAAUUAAAAAAUAACUUAAUUUUUGUUGUAUGACUGGAGCAAAUGUUGUACACCUGGUACUAACAUUUAAUAUAUUUCUAUAUUUGUUUACUGUA